UGAAUUCAGUCGGAACAUAUCAGCUGAUCUUUAGGUCGUUUUUUUCUCGUUGACUUUUAGACUGGAUUCAUUCAACUAGUUUAUUACCAACAUAAAAAAAGAUCAGCUGUAAAAUGGAUUGUUCUUCUGAGGCGGUGCAGUUGCUUUCGGAUGAAGCCACCGCUCCAAUGGAAUUGAAAAAGGGAAUGUCCAUAUUCCUGGAUAUCUUAAGAAGAGCAGAUAAAAACGAUGAUGGGAAGUUGUCGUUUGAAGAGUUCAGAGCCUACUUCCAUGAUGGAGUUUUGACAUCCGAUCAACUGAAGGAGCUCUUUAACACCAUAGACACUCACAACACAGACAAUGUGGACACUGACGAACUGUGUGAGUACUUCUCCCAGCACCUUGGUGAAUACGAGAAGGUCCUGGCAGCUCUGGAGGACCUCAACAUGACAAUACUGAAGGCUAUGGGCAAGACCAAGAAGGACUAUCAGGAAGCCACACACCUGGAGCAGUUCGUGACACGCUUCCUGUUAAAAGAGACAACCAAUCAGCUCCACUCGCUGCAGAGCUCCCUGGAAUGUGCCAUGGAGACCACGGCAGAGCAAACCCGUCAGGAGAGGCGAGGCCCAGUGAAGCCUGAUGUGCUGUCCAUCCAGUGGUCAGGGAGAAGAUCCAACCGAAGGCUUCAAAGAAAUAACAGUCUGUCUCCUAACAACCCACUACUCAGCCUGGUCAACUCAGGCCUGUAUGACGAGGACAACCAAUGGAUGACUCAGGUCAACAGACUCCAGAAGCUUAUUGACCGGCUAGAGAAAAAGGAGGUUCGUAUGGAGCCAGUUGAAGAGGAGGUGUUGGAAGGAAUCACCAAAUCACACAUCCUGAUAGUCCAGAGACAGCUGAAUGUGUUGGAGGAGGAGCUGGAGGAGUUCCGCCUGGCUCUCAGACAGUACAUGGAGUGUGCCUGCGCCCAGACGGGCUGUCUGCAUGUGGCAGUUCAGCGACUGGCUAAUGAGUCCCGUUUCAUCCUGUACGAGUUCUGGGAACACAACCACGUGUGGAAGAACCAUCUCCAGACAAACUACAGUAAGACUUUCCAGAGAGGUAACGUGGACUUCCUGGAGACACCAGAGCUCAUGACCACCAUGUUGGUGCCUGCCUCCUGGUGGGUCCUAAACAACAACUAAAUGACAUCACGCCAGGCCGACUGAGGACCGCUAUCAAUCAGAAACGUAGUUUGUAGUCUAUCGUCUAUCAUUAGCAUUGGGAAGAAGUGCACACACACAAUACUGUCAACUUGUACUGUGAAGUCAUUCUGAAUUAUUAUGUAUCAGACCUUUGUGUCCCUUCCUCAUUAGCUGUGUAUUGAUGAUGCUGUUCCAUGCUCCUAGAUGUUUACCCUGUUAGGAUGAUGCUGUUUAUGCUCCUAGAUGUUUACCCUGUUAGGAUGAUGCUGUGUCAUGCUCCUAGAUGU